AUGGCUGAUGUCUUUGGUCGCAAUGCAUCGUUAAAUGCCGCCAUUAUUCUCAUGCUUAUUGGCAGUGCUCUCUGUACUGGAGCUCCCACGACUGCUUUCCCGGUCCUUCUUCUGGGUCGCGGAUUUCAGGGCCUCGCUGCAGCUGGGCUGAAUGUUAUUGUUCGCACAGUUCUUGCCGAUAAGGUGUCCUUGCAGGAAAAUGCAAAAAAUUGGGCUAUCUUCUCACUCGUUGGUGGUAUUUCAUACGGGCUUGGUCCCGUUAUUGGAGGAUAUCUUACUAGAGCAGACUGGAGAUGGUGCUUUGGUAUCAAUCUACCUAUCGCUGUUCUCGCCCUCAUCGUCGCCUUCUUUGUCCUGCACAAGGAGCUCCUCGGCCCCCAGCCUAUUCCCGAGCUUAACGAGACAGCUGAAACUGGAAGACGGACCAAGUUCAUCGCACGACUUAAAACCGUCGAUUUCGGUGGCCAGCUUCUGUUCAUUCUCGGCUUUGGACUUGUUAUCCUUGCUAUGACCUGGGGUGGAGCGACGUAUCCUUGGUCUUCGCCAGCUGUUAUCGUUCCCCUGGUUCUUGGUAUCAUCUUUGCUGGUGUCUUUUGUUAUUGGGAAUACCUUCUUGCCCCUGGAAACAUGGUGGCUGAGAAGAUGCCUUGGCAAAGGGCAAUGAUUCCUUGGGAGCUGAUCUCAAAUCGAGAUAUUGGUCUUCUCUGCUAUUGCGAGUGUGCUACUGGAGUUGGCAUGUACGCAGUGCUCUAUUUCUGCAACAUCUACUUCAUCGCUGUGCGGGGAUAUGACUCUGAUGAAGCCGGUGUGCAACUUCUCUACUUUGUUCCAGGACUUGGAGUGGGCUUGGGUGUUCUAGCGUGGGCGAUCUGGGCCGAUAGAUUGAGCGUCAUAUACGGCAUGAUGGCUCUUGUUGGUUGUGGAAGCGGCAUGCGCUUUAUGGCUUCGCCACUUCACGGCAUUGGUCUCUUCCGUCACUUGCGGGCUUCGGUUAUCGGACUUAUGGCAGUCGCAAUUCCUUUUGGUGGAACCGUUGGAUUGACCAUUAUGUCUGCUGUCUUCAACAACACUUCUGGGCUUGGCUCUAGUGCUGGAGAGUUCAGCCAUGUCAAAUCCAAAGGAGCUGAAGCAAACGAGCAGGCCAAGAUGGGUGUUGUGUGGGCAUUUGUCGCCGUCACUCCCAUUGUUGCCCUGGCAUUCCCUCUCUCAUGGUGUAUUGGUAAUGUCAAGCUUGGUCAGGGUCCUUCUGGGGAGGAUGGUCCUACGGAUAUUAUUGUAAAGGGGUCUUAUCUUCUCAAGCUGCUACGUGGCCAGGAGCACCUCAGGGUUGAGAAGAAUGGCUAUAGGCUUAACAGCUCGCAUAGCGGAGCAUGGUCGGAGAGUGCAGCCUCUGAUGAGAACACCAACGCCUCAAGGCGGUUGCAAGGUUCGCAGCAGGUCUGA